CAGUUCCACCCAAACGCCUUGACCUUGCCCACUGCCCCUCUCCGGCUCGCCGACGCCCAAGAACCCAUCUUUCCUCUCCUUCCCGCCGCCUCCAUCUCCACAGCGCCACCAUGAAGCGCAUCUUCAGACGGUUCUCCCUCGUCGCCGCGGCAGACUCCUCCACCACCGCCUCCGCCGUGGCGGCCUACCGCCAGCUCCGGGCGCCGAAGCAGGCGCCUCCCUCCGGCCGCGCGCGGGUGCCGCAGGGGCACGUGCCGGUGUGCGUCGGCGAGGAGGGCGGGCCCGUGGAGCGGUUCGCCGUGCGCGCGGACCUUCUGGGCCGGCCAGCCUUCGCGGCGCUCCUCACGCGCGCCGCCCAGGAGUACGGGUACGGCCACCCCGGCGCGCUCCGCAUCCCCUGCUCCGUCGCUGACUUCCGCCGCCUCCUCCUCCGCCUCUCCUCCGACGACCCCUCCGCCGCCGCCGAGUGCUAGGCCCCUCCGCUCCGCCCUUCCUUGGCUGCCGCUGGAGAUUCUGUGCUUCAUUCCCCUUCGGACCACUGGGCAGAAUUUCCAUGCACAUACAGAGGCAGGCCGAAGAAGAGGCGCUGGAGUGAAGAUAGGAUGGGGAUUUCGGCGUUUCCUCCUCCAGCUCUGUAGUACAGUAACUUUUUUCUUACUGCAACCUUGAGCUGAAUGGAAGAACAGAACUAAUAGGCGUACCUUUUUCACCCCUUCUAGUUCUAGGAAUUUCAGUGUUAUGUGCGAGUGUGAGGGUGAGGUAGUUUGAGAGUGUAUUUGUCCUCCUAGGCAUUUUGAGGUAUUCUUCAGUGUUAACCAUACAUGUAAUCCUGAGCUGGUUCCAGGAUGCUAUAUUUUUACUGAGGUAAUAGCAACUUUUUAGU